AUGAGUACCAGAGCAACAAAUGUCAAAAGCAGUAAUCAAAGUAUUCCUACUCAAAGAUCUGACAAUGAGACAUUGUCUACUCCUGGUUUAAAGGCCUUCUCCUGCAACGACUUUGCGACUGGCAUCAAAUAUUCCCACAAUCUCACUGAAGGAGGUGAAUCUGGUAUAGUUUUCAAGGGGUGGAUUGAUAAGCAGACUCUCUGCCCUUCAGCCCCUGAAACUGGAAUUCCUGUCUCUUUAAAACACCUUAAAUCCGAAGGUUUCAAGGGCGAUAAGGAGUGGUUGAAAAAGUUGAACUAUAUUGGCCAACUACAUCAUCCCAAUCUAGUGAAACUUUUUGGAUAUCGAGUUGAUAGUGAAGAUUGGUUUCUAGUGUAUGAGUUUUUGCCUAAUGGAAGCCUAGAAAACUAUUUGUUCAGAGUGGGAAUUCAACCAAUCUCCUGGGAAACAAGGAUGAAAGUGGCUAUAGGUGCUGCGAAAGGACUCUCUUUCCUUCAUCACUAGUCAUAUAUCGUUAUCUUGAUGCAUCAAAU